CCUAAUUUCUUCCUGGGUCGUGGAUUUAUCUUGUCAUCUUUACUUGCUAACUGCAUUGGAUUUGUAGAUUAUGUAUAUGUAUCUGUUGAAAAUACCUCACAGUUAAUCUAAGCGUGUAUUUUGUCACGUAUUCAUAUUGGAAAGUAUUGUAAAUCUGAAAGGAGAGCGGCAGUGUGAAAUGAAAUGACAACCUCAACAUUACAGAAAGCAAUUGAUCUAGUGACCAAAGCCACAGAAGAAGACAAAGCGAAGAAUUAUGAGGAGGCAUUGCGUCUUUACCAACAUGCUGUGGAAUAUUUUCUUCAUGCCAUCAAAUAUGAGGCCCACAGUGACAAGGCGAAGGAAAGCAUUAGAACAAAGUGUAUGCAGUAUUUGGACAGAGCAGAGAAACUGAAGGAUUACUUGAAGAAUAAAGACAAACAGACCAGAAAUCCUGUGAAAGAGUCACAUAUCAAUGACAAGAGUGAUAGUGACAGUGAGGGGGAAAACCCGGAAAAGAAGAAGCUUCAGGAGCAACUUAUGGGUGCGAUAGUAAUGGAGAAGCCCAAUGUGAGAUGGAAUGAUGUGGCUGGGUUGGAGGGAGCCAAAGAAGCUCUAAAAGAGGCUGUUAUCCUUCCCAUCAAAUUCCCUCACCUCUUUACAGGUAAGAGGACACCUUGGAGGGGUAUCCUGCUGUUUGGUCCACCAGGAACAGGAAAGUCAUACCUGGCCAAGGCUGUGGCCACUGAGGCGAACAACUCCACCUUCUUCUCUGUUUCCUCCUCAGACCUCAUGUCUAAGUGGCUGGGAGAGAGUGAGAAACUUGUCAAGAACCUGUUUGAUCUGGCCCGCCAGCACAAGCCCUCCAUCAUCUUUAUUGAUGAGGUGGACUCCCUGUGUGGGUCCAGGAAUGAGAACGAGAGUGAAGCUGCUCGCCGCAUUAAGACAGAGUUCCUUGUUCAGAUGCAGGGGGUGGGAAACAACAACGAUGGCAUUUUGGUGUUGGGAGCUACCAACAUUCCCUGGGUGCUUGAUGCUGCAAUUCGCCGAAGAUUUGAAAAGCGUAUCUACAUCCCCCUGCCAGAGGAGCCGGCCCGGGCUCAGAUGUUUCGCCUGCAUCUGGGCAACACGCCUCACAGUCUGAGCGAGGCUGACUUGCGGCAGCUUGCUCACAAAACAAACGGCUACUCUGGUGCUGACAUCAGCAUCAUCGUACGAGAUGCACUAAUGCAGCCUGUCAGGAAGGUCCAAUCUGCAACACACUUUAAGAAGAUUCGUGGCCUGUCCCGCAGCAACAACCAGGUCAUGGUGGAUGACCUACUGACGCCUUGUUCCCCUGGUGACCCUGCUGCCCUAGAGAUGACCUGGAUGGAUGUACCAAGUGAUAAGCUACUCGAGCCAAUCGUCUGCCUGUCAGACAUGCUGCGUUCCCUUUCCACAACUCGUCCAACCGUCAACAGUGAAGAUCUGCUAAAGGUCCAGAAGUUCACAGAGGACUUUGGGAUGGAGGGCUGAGUGAAUGAUCCACUGCAGCCCCACCCCCUACCGAACCCCUCCAUACAAUCCUCAAUAGCCUUUAAUCUCCUUCCUGCACUUGGUCAAUUGCCCCUCGUGGAUUUCAAAAGAGAAAGAACAGUGACAAGGCUUUUCAACCCAUAGAAUCAUCCAGUCUACUUGUUUUUAAUCCUUGGAGAGUACUGACCAAAUGCUGCAACAGAAAAUUUGGUCAAACUAUCUAUUUUAGAUAAUGCACCCCUUAAAAAGCGGCCUCUGCAAACAACACACUCUGAUUUGUCGAGAUAUGAUUUAAAGGAGGACUUUGUUGAAAAAAAUGGGAAUGGGAGCACACAUUAAAGUUUGUAGAUGAGGGUUCACUGUUUCUUUUAAUGGAAAAGUUAUCCACAGAUUUUGCCUAGAAACAUCUCUAAAUUGGAAACUAUUAUCGAAAUUCUUCUUUCGCUCGGACAUUCCAUUGACCCCCGGCUGGAAAACAAUCAGCGUUUGCCACGUCUACAGUGCUUCCUGUUCUGACCCCAUUGCUUGUGGAUACGGGUUUCCUGAACAGAGAACGUCCAACAUCUGGCAUUUUGUGGCCGAUUUUUUGUAAAAAAAAAUUGCAAACAAACAAAACAAAAAUGCUAUUCAUACUUAUAUUAAUAAUAAUAAUAAUUAAAUUUCCCCAUAGGAGUUUAAAGAACGACAAAUUUUCGUGCGUUUUCUCAUUGUUGUUACAGUCUGGGGCACAACAUGCUGGCAUCUUGGUCGAGCUCGAAAGAAUGGUCUGGAAUGCUUAGCCCCGGUGAUGUCACGGGGCAUGGUCAAGGAUCUUUCUUCCAGAUCUGGUUGUGAAAGCUGGCACAUAUCCAGAUAUUGCGUGGCUUUCAAAAAUGCUCUUUAUUUUCAUUUUUUUUUUCAAUUAAUGUCCAAAACAUAUGCGCUGUAUUUUCACGGCUAUAAGGCACACCGUAUUAAAAGGCGCAUCCUCAGAUGCAGGUGCAAUUCCAGUAUUUAACACACAUACAAGGUGCACCGUAUUAUUAGGCGCAGGCAAGGUGGCGCUCGCGAGACAGUGAGGCACAAUUGCACCUUUAUUUUUGUGAGCAGACAACAGACAACAGACAGACAAGAAAAUGAUAAGCGAAAAAAUAAUUGACACAAAACAAUCACUUCAAAUGUUAUUUACAUCCACGUUUAGCACCGCAAAGGAUAUAGCUAUAUAGCAACAUUAGUUUAGAGCACAUGGGAGGAUCCAUGCACGCUAUUUAAAAAGGUACCGGAUAGGAGUUCAGUGGUACGUACUUUACUGACAUACUUAACAGUGUAAAUCGGGAGUUCAGUUGUACUUUAUUUAAGUAUCUAACUAUCUAGCUAUACAGUAUAGCUGUAUAGAGAUACUAGCUGAAACCAUACGGUAGUGUGUAUGCACGCUUUUUAAAUACUUAAAGUAAAACAAAGUUCACUGUUAACAAUGUUAAAUACUUCAUUAAAGUACAACCGAACUCAAAUUUUCCUCCGGGUGCCUUUUUAAAUAGCGUGCAUACAUGCUACCGGAUGCUUUAAGAUAGUAUCGCUUUAUAGUAUAGCUACAUUAUUAAAUAUGCUAAUUAAGUACAACCGAACUCACUGCAUAUAUGGUAUAUCCCACACCACUCGCAACUUCACUUUGCUUACCCUGUUCACGUCAAUGUCCAGCGAAUGAAGUUGCUUUGUUGUUUUUCUUUCAUGGCGAUUGUUUGUUCUUUGUUAAUUAAUCCAUUGCUCGUCUUGUUCUUCCAACUUGGGCCACCUCAUCUUGUUUCCACGGAAGUUCAGCUUGGUCUUUGCGACUUGGAAAAGCUCAUUUUCCUACUUCCUCAAGUGGAAACACACGUGAGCACAAACAUCCACAAUCCUUUCAAAAUUGUAACAGCACUUACCGGCUGCCUCUUAAUGACGUUGUGUUCGCCAUUUGUCAUUAAUCCAUUGCUCGUGUUCUUCCAACUUGGGCCACCUUGCCUUGUAAUCUCCCAGUAUAACAGCAAGCUCAUUCAUUAGCUGGGCUUGUUUAUUCACGGUGAUUGUUUGCUCUUUGUAAGCUUAGCUCUUUGUUGGUUCCAUUUUUGGAGGACCUUAGCCAAAGCUAUGUUGUUUAGCACAAAACACAUACUGGAUUGUGUAUCUUCUGGGGGGCGAGCCUUUAGCGUCCUCGUCGCAACCACACUUUCUACUGUAACUUCCACAUGCUGUCCUCUCACAGGUCUGCUUUUCCUUUAUAUAACUAACAUGUCAGCAGGAAUUCUUCCAGUCGGUUACAAAUUUUGGACAACAGAUCAAGUAUAAGGCGCUCCCGAUUAUAAGGCGGCCUGUCCGUUUUGGAGGAAAUUCAAGAGAUGUAAGUGCGCCUUGUAGCCGUGAAAAUAUGGUAAUACUAAUAAUGUUUAUUGUACAUAGAAAUUUUGGACAAACUCCUCCUUUAAGUGAAAGAUUGUACAUUCAGUUGCUAUUUUGGUUCAAUUUGCAUUGAAGAAUGACAAACACUCAAAAAAUUUUAUUUAAUGCCUGUCUUAGUGUACGUCAUAUUAUUUCGCUAUUUGAUGAAGGACAUUUAUAUAUCAAUGCUGCCUUGAUUAUUGCUAUGUGCAUCAGGUGUUUUACUGUUACUGGUUGAUACUUUAAAUACUAAUUGAUACGAAAAAGCCUAUACAGCAAAGUCCGCCUCUGAUGGUAAAAUGUACAUGUGGAAGAAAUUUUUUGAAAAUACCUCUGUUAAUGAAAGAAAAGCCCACAGUGGUCAAUCUUCUUUUUUUCACAUUUUCCACAUUUCUCCUCCUGAAUCUGAGAUUCGACUUCCCGAGAGACCUUCCUCUCGAGUACCCCUGAAUAGACCUUACCAGAGAGGCUUAGAAGUGUGAUUCCCCUGUAGUUGGAACACACAUAGGGGGACCUUCACCCCAAUCUGCCAAUGCAAAGACACUGUAACCGAUGUCCAUGCAAUGUUGCAGAGGCAUGUUAACCAAGGCAGCCCCACAAUAUCCAUAGCCUUUCAGAAAUCCAGGCGAAUCUCAUCCACCCUCAGGCCCAUGGAACCAGGGAGCUUUUUGACUGCCUCGGGGACCUCAACCCCAAAGACAGGAGAGCAUGCCUCACAGAUCCCAGACUCUGCUUCCUAAUGGGAAGGCAUGUUGGUACAAUUGAGGAGGGCUUCAACGUAUUUUCCCCACUUACUCGUAACAGCCUAAGUCGAGGUCAGCAGUGUCCGAUCUCCACUACACAGUGUUAUUGAUGUACUGCUUCCCCCUCCCUGAAACGUUGUAUGAAGGACCAGAAUUUCCUCAAAGCCGUCUGGAAAUCUUUCUCCACAACUUCAGAAAAUUCUUCCCACGUCCAAGUUUUAGCCUCAGUGACCUCCACAAAUGUGUUCCGCUUGACCAAGUGAUACCCAUCAGAUGCCUGAGGAACUCCUACUUCAGCUUCUUCUUUUGCCGUAGGAGGGACUCUUUUUGAUGGGGAAUUCUCCAAGACAUUCACAGCAGAUCAUCACAAAACGUUUGGGCCUGCCAGGUCAGGCCAUUUUCUUCCCCACCAUUGAAGCCAAAACACCACCACAUGGUAAUCAGUUGACACUGACGCCCCUCUCUUCAACCGAGUGUCUAAAACGUGACUGCAAAUCUGAUUAAACAACCACAAAGUCGAUAAUCCAACUUUGGCCUGGAUGUCCUGGUGCCAAGUGCACAAAUUGACACACUCGUUCUUGAAAUAGUGUUCAUUAUGGACAAUGUGUGAUGAGCACAGAAGUUCAAUAACAGACCGCCACUAAGGUUCUGAUCAGGGUGGCCGUUCCUCCCAAAAACGCCCUUCCAGGUCUCACUGUUUUUGCCCAGUUUCCAAGUGAAAUUAUGGAAUCCCCAAUGAGAACACUCUCUUGCACCCCCUCUAAGGACAAAAAGGUUGGAAACUCUGAACGCCUGUUUGGUGUAUAGGCAUAAGCAGCAGUCCAGACCCGUCCACCCACCCGAAGGUGGAGGGAAAGUACCCUCUCAUCCUCCACGGUGAACCCCAAUGUACAGGUGCUGAACCGGGGGCUGGGGUGGGCCAUAAGUAUGCAUAUUUGGUUGAUAGUUCUUCGGACGGAACGACGCAGCGUCUGACGACCAAGCGUCGGCGGCGGGGCCACUCGCGACCUUUGGCAAGCAUUCACAGCGGCCGGUCGCUUGCCAGAGCUUGCUACUCAGACUCCGCGUCAUUCUCGUCCAAAGAACCAUUCCAAUAUUCAACAUUAUUUACAGCCAGAGGUUCAAAUCUGUAUGGACGUAUUCCUCUGUCUUCCUGAUCAACCAAUACUGCUAUUUCUUCAUCAGAUGAGGAUAAAUCCGAGAAAUCAGCGCUGGCCACAAUUGUUUCCCAACAUAAGCGAGCCUUUGUUGCCGCGGCUAUUGCGUCACAUCCGCGCACGUAGCUCAUGUGGCUCACCAAAAUGACGGCGCCCAUGAAAAUUCGUAGUUGCUGAUAAAAAUCUUCUCAAAACACCAUUAAAUGGGAGAGGAUUAACAUCACAUUGUCAAGGUACAGUACAUAUGACAUGACCUAUUGGAUACAUUGUUAAUGCAAACCACUGGAAUUUCCCUUUAACGCAUUUGUCUAUAAUUUUCUUCAUUUUCUCCUGAGACAAUGCAGUACUUUGCCUCCUCUGAUCCAUGUUUAGUGUGGUGCACACCGUGUCACUAGUGAUUGUCAGUUGUCACGCUUUAAAAUAGACCAGCUGAUUGACAAGUUUGAAGACACCUGUAAUGGUCGUGAGAGGACAUACCUUGUUUGAACAUGUCCUUAUGGAAUAAUUCUUUCUCCCGGUAACAUCAUUUUUGCCCAGGGCUUUUUCAUGAGUGUUUUUUUUAAAUAAUUAACUACAAUUCAAAAAGAAAUUCCGUUUUUCAUCAGUUUCUUUUCAUUGACUAUUAGAUUAAGUUAUUUCUGUGACCGCUGUAUUUUUUUUUUUCAUUAACUGAUGAACGCCAACAAUUUUGCCCACGUGUGUAAAACCUGUUACUAACCAUUCAAAAACUUUACAUUGCACAUUUCAUGUCACAUACUAUUCAAGCAGUACUUUGUUAAUGCAUUGAUUACAUCUUUUCUUCUCACGGCCUAUUUGUUGAUGUUGUUGCACUGACAUUUUUCUCAUAAAUGUUUUUUCUUUUUUUUUCAAAGGAGCUGCACAAACAAAAAGUUAUUGUAGCAGUUUCUGCUGAUCAUUUGGUCCACACAUUACAUACACCUCCUUCAACAUAACAGUAUUUAAGCUCUCAAUUAUUACUACAGAAUAGUUUAAUUGAUGAGUCAUAGUGGAUCCUCAAGUUUCUCCUCUUGGAGAAGGCUUAGAGUCACAUAAGCUCUAAAAGAUUGAUGGUCUAUUUCAACUUUGUAUCCCUUUGUUAGCUAUUAUAAAUUGACUGGAGAGUGAGCCCUCACAUGAACUAGAACUUAGAUAUCUCAAGGUUGAAGUGAUAAACUAUGUUUGCAAUGAGAGUAACCGUGAAUUGUUUUCAUUAAUUGUCAUUGUAGGGUCCCAUUAAACAAGUCGUUGUGAACAUUACUAUUAUUUUAAGGUGCAUCAAUAAAAAAUAACAUUUCA